GUGAUGACUCGAUUUUUACUAUUGAUCUCCCUCGAUUAGCCCAUCUCCCGUCAUUCGUGAGAUCGUUUGUAGGUAAGGAGGCUAGAAGUCUAACAACGCGGGGAUAAAACUUCAACUUCUACAAAACAAAGGAUUAUCUACGUCAUUCCGUCAUGUUUCCGAAAUUUUGGGAUUUACUUCCUAUUGUUGUUGGCUGUGUCCUGUUAGUGAGUGCGUCAACAGCCCAAGCUGGUGUUGGAAUGGGCAAGCGUAUCAUCAGCACCAGGUAUGGAAACGUCCAAGGGGUCCUUAAGGAAUUCCAACCCCAUACAAAGCUGAAACCCGUGGAGGCGUUUUAUGGGUUGCAAUUUAGCACCACUCUCGGGUUUCGUUAUAUGCCUCCUUCCAGCCCGCUGGAGCACUGGUUGGGGCUACGUUUGGCCCUUAUAUAUCGUGAUGUGUGUCCCCAGCCCCUCAUUAAUGAGAGGGCCCUUACUCAUAAGUACCCUAAACAUCGAGUGGAGCACCUGAAGAAACUGGCAGCGUAUGUGUCUACACAGACCGAGGAUUGCCUUAAGCUAAAUCUCUACGUUCCGGUCAUAGUGAGACGUACCACGUGACCAAUGAAGCGUUGUCGAUAGGUGAAUGAUCAGAAGAGUAGAGCCUCGCAGUGCAGUGCUCGACUGUGCAUGGUUCCGUGCUUUGACUGCGCUGAUAAUGAAGGGACUAUAUAUAUUCCUACUGUUAGAGAAGAUGUUG